CUCCUCCUCCGCCGCCGCCUAUGGUCGAUGAAGAAGGACGCCUUGCUGGAGCCGGCGCUCUCCCGCAACCGCCGCUGGAUCGUCAACAACCAGAUCAAGAACCUCCUCCUCCGCUCCCCCGGCCGCACCGCCACCGUUCGCUCCCUCCAGAAGCGUUUCAAGACCUUUGACCUCCAAGGCCGCGCCCUCAACUGGCUCCGAAAGUACCCCUGCUGCUUCGACACCUUAUCCGGCCCGGCUGGCCCCGACGGCGGCGGCGGUGAGGAGCUUCGCUUCACCUUCUCCAAGCGCAUGGCCGCGCUCGUCGACGAGGAGGAGAGCGUCAAGGAGGCCUCCGAGCCCGCCAUGGCCCGGCGGCUCGCUAAGCUCCUCAUGCUCUCCCGAGACCGCCGCCUCAACGUCGUCAAGCUCAACGAGCUUAAGCGCAACUUCGGCUUCCCCGACGACUACGUCCUGCGCCUCAUUCCCAAGCAUCCGGAGAUCUUCAGGGUAAUCAACCGCACUGGGCGGCAGAACGCGAUGGAGAUCGAGCUCCUCCGGUGGGAUCCCAAUCUCGCGAUCUCCGCCGUCGAGGCCGCGGCCAUCGAUCGCGGAACUGAGCCGCGGUACGUAUGCUCGUUGCCGGAGACCUGGUUCAAGACCCGGGAGAAGUUCGACGAGUUCAACGACGCCACGCCGUACGUCUCGCCGUACUCGGAGGACCGGACGGAGUCAGAAAAGCGGGCGGUGGGGGUCGUCCAUGAGAUCCUUUCGCUGUCGCUGUGGAAGAAAGCAUCGAUCCUAAAGCUGGAGCACUUUAAGAGGGAGUUUGGAUUGCCGGUGAGGCUGAACCUAUUGUUGCUGAGGCAUCCGUGCAUCUUCUAUGUGUCGAACAGGUAUAAGAUUUAUACGGUGGUCCUCAGGGAAGCAUACAAUGGGUCGGAGCUCAUCGAUAAGGACCCGUUGGUGGUGGUGAAGGAUAAGCUUGGGGAAUUGAUGCAGGAGGGGCUUCACGAGUACAAUCGGAGACGGCAUCUAGCAAACUUAGGGAAGAAGAGGAAGAGAGGUGAGAUUGACUUGACACCGAAGAAGGAAGAAGAUGAUGAAAAUGAAGAGGAAGCUUCGAGACUGGACACUGUUGAGAAGAGGGAAGAGAGGAUAAGGUUUUACAAAGUGCUCUUCGACGAGAAACCAUGAUGAAAUGGAGGUAUGACUGCAACCUUUCUUGUAUAAUUCGAAAUUAAUGCCUUUUGAAUUGAAAUGUGGGAUAGUGACCAUCUGUUACAAUUUGAUCGUCGUUUAUGCAAAUGCCUUAGAUCAUGAUUAUAUGUUGCCAUUCAAGUAUUGUCAUCCUAGUAUGCUCAGAGGACACAUUGUUAUUGGCCUCAAAGUUGCGAAAAUGGACUUGGGGCAUAAAACCGACCCACAUUUUUCUUAAAAUUAUGUAGAUAGGAGUGAGUCUCCUAUUUUAUAUUUAUAGUGACUAAUCGAUUGACUUCUUAUCGAGCGGUAGAACUAAUGUGCCAAGCAUCCAAGUAGGUCUCCCUCCUUGCCAACCAUCAAUAUAGGUAAUGCACCUGAUCGUUUUUUCUUCAAAUUAUAUUGAUAGGAGUUCUUCAGGCUCCUUUUCUAAUGGUUUAUGCUGACAAUUGCAUUGGAUUCUUAUUCAUCGAGCAAUAGAACUGAUAGCACAUGUAUUUCUUUGUUCCUGGCGUCAUGAGAUUAUCUUUAUUUUGUUGUAAUAACAACUGAAUGACUGUAGAUCUGCCACUUUCAUCUAUGUGAUGUACUUAUUUUGUUGU